CAUGAGAAAGCAUGUACAGGGCAGGGAAGAGGUGGAGAGGAAGGGCAGCAUCGUGCAUGAGGCUGCCUGCUCCCCUCCCCCUUCCACCACCACCGCCACCGCACGAACACAAUCGGUGUGUGGGUCAGCGAGGCAGUUGAGCGGCGGCCGGCGCUGUAAAGUCCUGCCGCUCUUCAUCUCUCGACCACGGCCCCCUCCCCACCAGGCUAAAGUGACUCUUCCUUAAAGUUCCCGCCAUCGAGUGAUCUUGUGGCGUCGAGUGGCCCGCUGAAGUGUGAGGGAGGGAACACUACUCAAUGGAGGUGCUUUAGAACUCGGGAGAGACUGAAACAUAGAAAAAGGGAACGAAGAAAAGUAAAACUAGUGCUGAAAAAUUGUGUUGAACUGGAAAUAGAAAACGUGGUAGUGUUGACUUGAGGGAAAACCGGAAGAGAAAAACCAUGGGUGCUAACUCCUCCCAUCAUGAGCCUCUCGGAGAGUACCAGAGAGGGAGUCACGCCCGCGGCUCUUCCUACACCACCGCCCACUCCCGAGCUGCCCAACACGCCCGCGCCUCCCUUAGGAAAUCACUGAGGAAAAAGAAACGUGACAAGCUGGAGCACCGUGAUGAGAAUAAUAAGGAAAACCAGCGGGAGGAGGCGGUAGGGGAUGUUCGAGAUGCUUCCGCCCAUCCUAAGAUUGACGGACCAAGCUGCUCACGGGGAAGAAGGAUGGACCGGCUCAGACGAAGCUUCCGUGAGAGUUUCCGGAAGAAGAAGGACCACCAUCACGUGACGGAGGCUUCCAAACCCCACCAAUGGCAGACAGACGAAUCCUCAGUCAGGGCGGGCACGUGUUCCUUCCCAGUCAAGUACUUGGGAUGUGUGGAGGUGUUCGAAUCCCGAGGAAUGCAGGUGUGUGAGGAGGCCUUGAAGGUGCUCAGGAACUCCCGUCGGCGGCCUGUGCGGGGAAUGCUGUAUGUGUCUGGUGAUGGACUGCGGGUUGUGGAUGAUGAGACCAAAGGUCUGCUUGUAGACCAGACUAUAGAGAAGGUGUCAUUCUGUGCUCCGGACCGCAACCAUGAAAAGGGAUUCUCAUACAUCUGUCGCGAUGGCACAACACGGCGGUGGAUGUGUCAUGGAUUCUUUGCUGUCAAGGAGUCGGGUGAGAGGCUGAGUCAUGCUGUUGGGUGUGCUUUUGCUGCCUGUCUGGAGCGCAAGCAGAAAAGGGAUAAGGAAUGUGGAGUGACGAUGUCCUUUGACCCAGCCACCUCUACCUUCACCCGCAGUGGCUCCUUCAGGCAGAUGACAGUCACAGAACGACUGUCAGACCCGCAGGAGUGGAAACCAAUUGACCCAGUGCCCGUCAAGAAAGUGGACAACCCCCAUGCCAUCGCCCGGCCCCACGCCACACCCCUGAUGCUGCAGCGACAGGGCUCCUUCAGGGUGUUCCAGCACCUCAACCAGUCACCUUUCAAGAGGCAGCUGUCCCUGAGGCUAAAUGACCUUCCCUCAAACUUGGAAAGAACACGCUCCAUGUCCCUCGACAACAACGCUGCCAACAACACUAACGACAUCGUUGCCACCACCAACAAUAACAACCAGCCACCUCCAGAGAGUCCCCAGCCCCCACCACGCACUCACAGGAAUAGACUCCACUCGCUACCAAAUGCAGUUAACAUGACUCCCAUCCCUGAGAGUUCCCCUGUGGUGGAGAACAAGCAGGGAGAUGCAGUGUCAGCAAUGUGUCAGGAGCUCUCAGCUGGCUUGUCUCUCCUCUCCAACUUUACUGAUCCAUUUUCAUCCCCUGAAAAUACCUCCCCGGCCCACACCUCUACCAGCUCAGCCACCACCACCACCCUCACCAGCUACACCAACACGGGGGGAACUGUCACCGCCAACCAGCACAUCAUCCCUCCCAACUCCCAAGUAUUGCUUCCGUCAGUUGAACCGAUUCGUGAGGAGAACCCUUGGGCCAGUGCAGAGGUGAAUGGUCAUGCCAGUGAGGGGAAGAACAAGUCUCUAGGGGAGGAGUGGCUGUCCCAGAUCAACCCACAGGCUAAGGUCGUCAAUGGCACUGCUUCCCCUCCUAUUGGACCUCAGUCAGCUUCUGCCACUACUACUGCUACCACCACCACCACUGUUGUUGCUCCACCCCGCCACAACCCUCCACCUCUGGCCCAGCUGAGGUCUGUUUCCCUUGGGGUCACUCCAACGUACGCCUCAAUGGGGAGUGGCAGAGGUGUGAUGGGUGCCCCCUGGACCAACUCCAAUGGGACAGGAGGACCUGGUGCAGUCCCUCCAACAGGCCCUGUGGGAUCUGAUCCUUUCGAGGCUGAGUGGGCGGCACUUGCAACGAGAAAUGCAAAUCCUAACAACCCUUUCCUUCCAAACACUGUCACCAAGGCUUUUGAGGUACAAAUGUAAAUGGCAGUCAGCCACCAACAUUGUUUCUCUGAAGAUGAUUCAACACCAAGGCAUUAUUAUUAUUGUUGUUAUAGUUGUUGUUAGAUUCAAAUGCAUACCAUGAUUAUUUACCCACAAGGUUGUCUGCCCUAGAAAGGUUCAGUCAUGGCAUCUUGUUAUGUGCAUUGUUUUGACAAGACCUUGAGUUGCAUAAUUUGGCUCAUUGAUGAUUUCUUUGCUCAUAUUUUUUGGUUGUUAAUGGGUUAUCGUGACCCACAUGCAAUUGUAGGCAGCCACUCCAAGAAUGGAGGAAGUGGAAGUUGGCUGCUGCUGCGAGACAUUCCAGUACUAUUACAACUUAAUAAGUACAGCACAGAGGCUCGUGUACUUACUGUCAUUUUAAACAAAUUAAUUUAUAAUGCCUGGAUUCUUUUUAACCCCAGUAAUAGUUUAGUUACUCAGUGGCAAGAGUUUGGUGUAUCAUGUCUUGGGUUUCAUGAGAUGAUUAGCUAAAUUGACAUAUGGUAAAGCCUUUUUUGUUUCCCUAGGAAAGGUAUAUUUAUUAUUACUUGUUGGAGUAAUUAAGAGUCUUCAUGCUUUGUGAAGUUAAAGUUGCACAGAUUGUAUAAUUGCUGAAUGUGUAAUGCAAUAGAGAUGUAUGUUGUAUUUGUAUAUACAUAUACAUAGAUUUAUAUAUAUACAUUAAAUAUAUAUAUACAUUUAUAUAUAUAUAUGUCAUACCAUAUUGGUAAUGAAAAAGUGGUUAGUUAUAAAUAAGGUGUUUUCAUGAGGGGUGAUGAUAAUGACGAGUACAUAUUUUUUUUACAAUACCCAGUAUUUUUCAGUGUCUUUGAGUGAUGAGUAUGUUUCUGUGACCCAGGGCUAGCCAGCGCCCCAGCAAAGGCCGACACGGCAAUAGUUAUGUGUUUUCUGUAUUUGGUGUUGGUUUGAUGGUUUUUAUCUGAGUUCACAAUUAAUUUUUUGCCUCCAUUGCCUGGCCAGCCCUGCUGUUCCUUUCUUCCCUCGCACUCUACAUCCCAAUCAGUGCAAUACAAGUUGACGUUUAACAAUACCUCAUAGAUUAACACUCGGCCAUCAAGCACGUAAGACAAAAUAUCUGUUUGUUGCUGGAUGAUGUGGAUCUUGAUUAGCGACUUAGAACAAGGUUUUUGUGUCAUGAUGGCAGAUACAAUUGCCAUACUUGUCAUUGUCAGACCAGCAGCAAAAGUGAAAGGUUCUGCAGUAAUUUUAAACUGUUUAAUGUUUCAAGGCCAUUGGUCCACCUCAAUAUGUAUAUUGGAAACAUGAAUCUAUUCUGUAUACACUUGUAAAUAUCCAGUCAUGUUCUUUUCAUAAAAAAAACCACAAAAAAAUUGCUUUUAGGAGUAUGGAGGUCCUACUAAAUAAUAACUCAAUUGAUGAUAAGCUAUAUAACUAAUUUUACUUCUUUAUAAAGGAAGUUUUCUCUUGAGAGAGAGAGGGGAUGAGCUCUUGGCAGUGUGAACUCAGAGGAGCUGCUGAUUGUAUAUUUGUUUCACAUUAGAUCAUUUUUUCUUUGGAUUCAUUACAUAAACUCUUCAAAGCUAUAACCAUAUCAUGCUGUGGAUGGGCCUCAUGGGACUGAUGUAGGACAUACAUUGCCACUCUUUCCUUCUCUCACCACAUUAUUUGUAACUUUGUAUCUCAAGUUUCCAUCACUUUGUCAUUUCUCAAUGUUCAUCUGCCUGUGUCCUUUGGUCCUUUUCAACCAAUGUGUCAUUGCACUCACUCCUGCACAGAUGACUUCGGACUAGCUACUAAUGAUAUUUUUGUUUUGUUAUUUUUUUUUUAUUUUAUAUAUAAUUAUUAUUUUUAUUUAUCAUUAUUAUUAUUAUUAUUAUUAUUAUUAUUAUUAUUAUUAUUAUUAUUAUUUUAUUUAUAUAUUUGUUUUUAUUAUUUGUUUUAUUUAUUUUUUUUUAUUUUAUUUUUUUUCCUCCAUCAUUGUAGUUGUGGCUACACUGUUCCUGCACUUGUCCUGUUUUUGAUAAAUGUCCUGUGACUUGCACAAUGCUCAGAGAUGUAGAAAGUGCAGAUGUGUUUUCUAGUAUCCUCCAUUUGCAGUGCCCCAGGGGUGGGAGGAAUCCUUGGUUGGAUGCAAACUGUCUUAUGUCUAUUCCCACAUUUUUUCAUAGUCUGAACUUAGAUAUUUUUUACUUUUUAUGUAUACACUGUCAUCUUACUGACUUUUCAUAAGUAAUUACAACAUGAUCAGUCAUUGUAGAAGGUCAUGCUUUCAUCACCACCACCACCACCACCAUCACUGCUGCUGCCACCACCUGAAUGAUACAUUCCUUAUAGUUUCUGUGAUAAACCCUCAUGACGUGUGUCGGGAGCCAUUUCUUUCAGGGCAACAAGAUUAGGACCUACCAUCUUUGUUUUGCAUUUUUUUUUAUUUAUUUAUUUAUUUAUUUAUUCAUUUUAUUUUUUUCAUUGAUUAAAUAGAUGACUGUGCAGAUGAACAGUGUUUGUGAAAUAAGAUUCAGAAGAUUCAAGUUUGAUGCUUUUUUAUCAUAUUUUUUAGCAAUGAAAAAUGUAUGGAGAAAAGAAAAUUUUAUCAUUUAAUGGUAACAAUUUGAUGUCCCUGACUUGAAAUUGUUUGCCAUUAAUUGCCUGCACUACACAUUCACCAUACAUACAAUAUUGGUGCUGGAAAGAAUGAAGAUUAUCUUUGAAACAUGAUAAAAGGAGUUUUUGAAUGUAACAUUUUAUAUUUUCAGAAUUUAAUCUUUCUGAAUAAAAAAAAAAAGAACAUACCAAGGCUUGCAUCAAAACCUAAAAAUGUGUAUAUAUUUACAGAUACAGCAUUUGCGAUUAUCUUAGAUUAAUUGCUGCUGACAGUGUUUUAAAAUGUUAUUUUCUUGUUGGAGUUUAUUUUCACACAAAAAUGUGCAUACUACAUGAUAAUAAUAAGAUGAUGGUGGUGACAAGAUUUUUUUUUUUUUUUUUUUUUUUUUUUUUUUUAAGCAAUAACACAACAUGAUUGCUUUCCAAGUGUUUACAUGUACCAACUAAGGGAGCCUCGUCCUGUCUCAAUACUGUUUGAUGUCUUGUGAAUACCAUGAGGGAUUUCAACUCUCAUACUGGAUGUGUAUAGUGACCAUGUUUCUUCUUGCACAAUAAAACGUAACCGAGCACAGUUUCCGCUAGCAGUCCUUAGGAGCGAGACAAGCAAAGGGUAGCAGUGAAUUUCCAUGUGCCUCAGAAGGGAGGGUGGGAAUUGCUUGAAGCUGUGAUUGUGAUGUGCUUGUGGUGAUGGUGGGGUCCAGUGCCCUGUCAGUUUUAUGGUGAAUUCCUAUUAAAACAAUAUGUACAGUAGAUAUUAAGGGGUAGUCAUGUCCACAAAAUAUAUAUAUUCUGUUGA